AAUCAGCGGCCAGUAUCUCGCUCCGCAGUCAUGCCCCUCGCCUCGGGGCUCGACGCACGUAACCUCCCUGCCAUGCGCCCGCCAAAUAUGGUAGCGGUCGUCAUGGUAACGGGCAGUCGGUGUCAAGGUUCAGCCGGUGUUGUGGCAAGUCCAUCAGAUGCACGGCGGUGCGGCCGCGGUGAGGGUCGGAUCCAGGGCGGGCGGACGCGCGGCGCUAGUCGAGCAGCGGCGAGUGAGGCGAGCGCAGCGCUCCGGUGGUCGGUGGUGGUAGUGACUGAGCGGCGCGGCCGGGCCGGCCCGCGCGAGCGCGACCCAGCACCGUCGGCGACCCAUGGUCGAUUCAAACAUGGCUCUGGUCAUUCCGAGCUCGGGGUGGCGAGACCCGUCUCAGCAGCCCGCCCCGCUGGCGCCGACUACAGACGACCUGACCCGUGACCUCUCUGUGACUCCGGUGUCGCGUGAACUGUCGCUGACGCCCACCACCCCCAACAAUCACUCGCAAGAACAGUUAACCCCCACGCAGACGCCUACUCAGAGUCAAGAUCCCAACAGUCCGUCCAAGGACGGCCAGAACAUCGAGUGCUCCGUUUGUGGUGACAAGUCCAGCGGUAAACACUACGGACAAUUCACGUGCGAAGGUUGCAAGAGUUUCUUCAAAAGAAGCGUACGAAAGAACUUGACGUACGCGUGUAGAGGCAAUCGAAACUGCCCCAUUGAUACACAUCACAGAAAUCAGUGCCAGUUCUGUCGACUACGAAAAUGUCUCAAAGUUGGCAUGAGGAAAGAAGCGGUACAGCGCGGCCGGAUACCGGUACCACAGCACGGUAUCGUGCCCGGCCAGUUUUUCGCCAACGGUGACGCGCUCAACGGCCACGGCUACCUGUCUGGCUACUCGUCCUACAUCAGCCUGCUGCUGCGCGCUGAGCCGUACCCGCCGUCCCACUACAACCAGUGCCUGCAGCCGGGCGGCACCAUGGUCAUCGAGACCAUCUGCGAGCUGGCGGCGCGCAUCCUCUUCAGCGCCGUCCAGUGGGCGCGCUCCAUCCCCUUCUUCCCCGAGCUGCAGCUGCAGGACCAGGUGGCCCUCCUGCGCUUCGUCUGGAGCGAGCUGUUCGUGCUGAACGCCAGCCAGUGCAGCAUGCCGCUUCACGCCGCCUCGCUGCUGGCCGCCGCCGGCCUCCACCCGAGCCCGAUGGCCGCCGAACGCGUCAUGGCCUUCAUGGACGUCAUCCGCAUGUUCCAGGAGGAGUGCGAGCGGCUCAAGCAGCUGCGCUGCGACAGCGCCGAGUACAGCUGCAUGAAGGCCAUCGUGCUCUAUACGACAGACGCGUGCGGCCUACAGGACGUGGCGCACAUAGAGUCGCUGCAGGACAAGUCCCUCUCCGCGCUGAUGGAGUACUGUAGCACCCAGUACCCGGAACAGCGGCUGCGCGCCUCAAAGCUCCUCCUGCAGCUGCGCACUCUGCGCUCCAUCAGCAGUGAUGUUAUCGAGCAGCUGUUCUUCGUGCGCCUGGUCGGCAAGACGCCCAUCACCACGCUGAUCCGCGACAUGGUGAUGAACGGCGUCAGCUCGCAGCAGCUGGUGAGCUCGUGGUCGGCGGCGCCGCACUGGCCGGCUUCUAUGUGACAUCCGGCCGCCGCCGCCGCCGCAGCCGCCGCCGCCCUGCCGUUCCUGGGCCUCUCCUGACCGGCUGCCAGCCGCCACCAAAGAGGUCGCCCGCCGCCGCCACCGUCGGCGGACACACCAUAGUCAGCGAAGUAUUAGAGGCGGGCGGCCGACGCGGCGCCUGGCCACGGCCCGGCUGGGACCGAUGGGCGACCUCAGAGUCGUCGCUGCCGCGCUGCCGCCCCCGCCGCCGCCGCCGCCGAGCCGGCCAGACAGGACUGUGUGAGAGGCCGGCGGCGGCCGGCCGGGCCGGGCCGCCCUGCCGAUCUCUGUACCUGCCGAGCCCCCGCCGCCCCGCGCCGCCGGCACGGGCCAGCGAGUGCGCGAGAGCGAGAGCGUGCGAGCGAGAGAGGUCGGCACAGCACAGGCCAAAGUCGGAAUGCCAUGUGAUAACAUGCAAACCAGUUCGUGGUAGCACGAACCCAGUGUUGUUGUUCGUGCUCGAGACAGGUCGCCGUUCACUUCAUCCGUUUGUUAAAGGUUGUUUUCAUAGGUGCUGAAUAUGAUUGCUCGUGUGUUUUGGUUUUACCACACCCCAUGAAUUUUGUUUUCUGCAAUUUUUAGAGCCGAGUUUGAGCAUACUGUGCGUGACGUUUAACUUUUGAAGUACAAUUGUUCGACAGCGAACUAUCCAUCGAAGAGCCGGGAUAGGCGCAGUGGCGAUUAGCUUUACAUGUAGUGUACUCGACGUGCGUACUGUUUCUGUGGACAUAUGAGUGUCUUCUACGUGUCAGCAGCAGCAUAGCUCUCUUAUACCCAGAAUACAUGAUCUCAAUGUUCUGGA